AUGUAUCUCACCCGCUGGACCUCCGCCUCCGACACCACGAGCGAGGUUGGGGACUUCAAGUACAGCCUCUUGAAGAGCUUCAAAACCGGUAUCCGCCUCGCUCAAAUCCUCCCCGGCACCGGCAAUAAAGGUAUAUCCAUCAAUUUGCUGGACUCCUUCGUAAGCGGACCUCAGAAGAUACCGUACGAUGCGCUCUCUCAAGAGCGUAUCAAGGAGCGAAAUCAGCAAGUCCAGCUCAUGGGCCAGAUCUUCAAGGGUGCGAGAAAAGUCGUUGUGUGGCUAGGUGAAGACUACGAUGAUAGCAGGGCGGGCAUGCAGUUGGCGAAGCAACUGCUUUCUAUCGCUCGCUAUCAGCCGGUCAGUGGGCUGGGUACAGCGGACCUCGAGACCCAUGGACUGCCGAAGCAAGGACACAGGCGGUGGACUGCUUUGUCGCUGAUAUUGCGACGACCGUGGUUCUGGCGUACUUGGGUGGUGCAAGAGGUUGUGCUGAACCCCAAUGUUGAACUGGUGCUCGGCCCUUCGAUGCUCACUUGGGAUGAUUUGGAGAGCGUGGUUGCUCUGCUGGAAGGACCGAUGCCGCGGGUAUGGCAGCUGGAUCAAGCGAUUUCUGCUUCCGAGCUCCCGUUCUCGAGGAUAAAUCGGAUAAGGCUACGCCACCAAAGACUCAUCGCAACCCCGAUAUCACCAGUACAGAUAGAGGCUCAGUUCGACAAUCAUGUAUACUCAGAGCCGGAGUCGAUGAUCGACGAAGACGAUGACCCUCAACUUCUUGACCUUCUAUUGAUGUCGCGCGGGCUCGGAGCAACCGAUCCUCGCGACAAAGUCUACGCUCUACUUGGACUGGGAAAACACGACAUUAAUCCCGACUACUCCAUGUCUCCGGAAUCAGUCUUCACUGACUUUGCCCUCCAAACCGUUGGAGUGGUCACGGAAAUGCAAGCCAGGCGAAGAGCAGCCAGCUUGGAGAUGUUAUCACACUUACGCGAAGUACGCAGGGCUAUGAUCCUCUUCUCCUGUGCUGGCAGACAUAACCAGAAACUCAAGCUACCCUCGUGGGUGCCGGAUUGGACUACCAACCUCAGCUGCCGCCCGCUCGUCUUCGGGUUGAGCCACCGUUUCGCGGCAGGCGGCGAUAAGCUAGCUACGUUCGACUGGCAACCAGACUUCGGUCUCCUCUUGUGUGGCAAACUACUCGACUCGGUUCAAGACGUCGGCUCUGUACAUCUGUCCGACACAUCAAGCACAAACUCACACGACCUGAUCAAAAAAUGGUUGGAAGAAGCGAAGCAAAUCGCCUUCACCCGCAUUGCCCGCUCGCCCGGCAGCACAAUGAACGUGGAUGCCUUCGAAGCGAUGCGUCGGGACAUUUCCAUCUGCAAGCAUGGGUACUACAUCACCGCCGCGCAGAAAGGGCGUCGAAACAGCCUGCUGCAUGAAGUGGAUACAUCAGACGAUGCGUCUCAUAGUGCCUCUCAGACGUUGACGCUCGGUCCUACGCGGGGGAGAGUGGUCUUCGCUUCAGGGACGGGGUAUGUUGGUCUGGUGCCGCAUGGGACAAGGGAGGGAGAUUUGAUCUUCGUGGUGCUGGGAGCGGAUGUGCCCUAUGUACUUCGGCCGUUGGAGGAGGGCGAAGGGUAUGAGCUUAUCGGCGAGGCCUUUGUUCAGGGUGUGAUGGCGGGCGAGGCAAUGUUACUAGAUCGUAUCCCUGUUGAGGAUGUAAUGAUACGGUGA